AUGACGAGGAAGAAGGUGAACCUUGCUUGGAUAGUGAGUGACAGUGCUAGAAAAGCUUGCCUGAAAAAAAGAAAGCUAGGGUUAAUGAAGAAAUCCGGACGACAAGGAGCCAUCAAUGUGGCCAUCUCGCCCGGUGGUCCAGCAACUUCUGACGAGGUUCCAGACCCUGUCCGAGAUAGAGCGCAGCAAGAAGAUGAUGAAUCAAGAAAGGAAAGGAGGAAGGAAAUCAAGAAGAGACUUAUCUAUUGUCAACAAGUUAAUGCUGUUCAUGAAGCUGAAGCCUUUCCUCCUCCACUACCGGCAGAGAACAAACAAUCUCCAACCGCCGUCGGUGACAUGAUCAUGAGGAAUCCCAUAGAGUCUGCUCUGUGGGAUCAAUGGUUCAUGGAAGGGGUGAAUCACAGUGAGAAUGAGGCAAAUCUAGGGCUAAGGGCUCCAGAUCAAACAAUAUUUGACACCAAUUUCAAUUAUGCUACAAACCAAAUGGAGUUAGCCCAAGGAAAUUUUAUACCUAAUUAUAAUAAUGAACAUCCUGACCAAAUGCAGCUGCCUUAUGAGACAAAUUUCAACCUGAAUCCAAGUGGUGGUGGCCAUGCUAAUGAAACUCUUUUACCUUCUGAGUUUGAGUUUUUCAUUGGAUCAGGUGAUGUUGGGAUCCCUUUUGAUGUCACCAAGCCAUGA